AGUUGGUAGGAGCAAUUUAGAAGAGUUUGCACGUCACCUAACACUAACAGAGUCUUCACACAAAAUGAAUGAGAACGAAAAACCAUUCAAAACCUAAACUCAUCCCCUUGGCAAUACCCAUGACUUAUUAAUUAUUAUCACCCACAAAGAGAGCCUAACUAAACUCAAGAAAACAAGAAGCUUAUGAAAGCACAAAACUGUAUAAAUACAAGGUUUAGCCUAAAACACCUAAAACCAUCCAUCUUUUCUCUUCACAUCUCACAUGUACUAGCAGAAGGCAGAAGAUAGCUGGCAUGGAGAGAGUCAAGAUUCUUACUUUAACAUUGUUUGUAGCUUCCCUAAUAUUUGUGCCCAAGAUGGAGGCACAGCGUAUAUUCCCACCUCCCCGCCCUCUUUGUGCUUCACAAUUUGCGCUUGCUAACUAUGCAUGUGCAUUGCUGCCCUUCACUCCAACUCCCCAUCCGACACCGCCCUCCCCUCCCCCCUCUUCUCCCCCCGAUGAUGAUGGAGGUGAGGAACACGAACACGAACACGAACAUGAGCAUGGGCAUGGACAUGGGCACGGACACGGGCACGGGCAUAGACACGGUCAUAAUAGGCACAGGCAUGGGGGGCACCAUGAACCCGAACCCUCACCUGCAGAAGAUAAUUGUUGUAGAUGGUUGACCCAGCUGGAUAAUGAGUGUGUGUGUGAGUUGCUGGUGCACCUGCCUACAUUCCUCCUUAAGCCUACCCAUGCCUACACUGUAGCUGUCGGGGAAUUCUGUCGUGUUACCUACACAUGCGGAACUCCGAUCAGGAUAAAGGUCUGAAUAAAACAUCUUACCACCUUGUGAAGCCCGGCGGUAUUCAUCAGAGUACGGAGAAUUUUAUUUAUAUAUGCUGCCUGCUAUGUUUAGUGUUAUGACAUUUAAAUGGUACGUAUGAGUGUAAUGCUGAAUCUUGUCAUAGUGUGGUGUUCGUUUAGCAGCUUAUAUUUCUAAUAAUUUUGAGUUUUCAACAUAGAUUUGAAGUUGUAGCAUGGAGAAGACGAACACAAGCUCAAUUACCCAUCAAUAUGAUUUCUAAUAAUGUAUUUAUAUAAAGACGAAAAUGGUUUUUACAGCUUCAG